AUGGUAUACGCCAUCGAAAGGGUUGCGCGCGCAUCACACCAACAUCACAAGAUACUCACUCCCAUGAGCGACAUGCCAUCCCGCUCGGAGCUCCAAGAGUCGAUCUUGACUUUCUUCUGUCCAAUGCCGUCUGAAUCAGGCACUGUCUGGCAGACUUCUCAGAUCGAGGUACACACGAACACCGAGUACGGCGACAAGCGCAUCAAGACCACCCAUGCAAACGGUACCGCGGCGAAUCCAAACGAGGAAUCCCAUUGCAGAAUGAAGAUCGAGGCAAUGUUGCUCAUAUCCUGUUUGGAAAACUCGCCACAUCGACCGCAAGCCCUAAGCGACGACGGCGCGGGAUCUCGUGCUUGCAUUCAAGAACCUGAGGAAGCAGCUGCUUCUGCGAUCCAGGCACGCCUCAGUGCCAAAGUUCAAGGCAAACUGCCAUUGAUUGGUGCAAUGCAAGCUCCAAUAGUAGCUAAGCCUGAAGUGCUCCAGAAGGUUAAUGCCAGAGGCCUUGACUUGUAUGUACUUGCACAGGACCCGUCCACGAGUGGCCUGCCAAAUCGCUGGUUACCUGUUUCUGCUCUGAGCAUAGCUGCACGAGAUGCCAUCACGGUCCGGCGCGUCGAGGCUGUGACGGCCAGGGCGGCCACCACCAAAUGGCGACGUCUUGCUGGCCGAGGCCAAAAAGAGGUUACAAGCAAUGCUCCAGUCUGCGUUCAAUGUGACAUUACACUUCGCAACCGCAGGCAGUGUACGUACACCUUGGGCAAAACAGUCCCGGACACAAAUGCAGUCUGCGACAAGUGCUUGGAUGAUCAGUAUCCCUGCCGCAGGCUCAAAGACCACCCCAGUGGCAUCGGCUAUGCCGUUGGAUUUGUGCCAGUACCGUCUGGGUAUCGACUCGCUUCGGUCGCCUGGGAUGAGCUCGCGUACUGGAUUCGGCAGCAGGAUGACUGGAAAAAGCUGAAUCCUAAGCCCCCCAAAGCAAAGGCCCGCGAUGUGCCUAGUGGUGGGGUCCAGAGCAGCUACAGUACACGUGGUAAGGAGCAGGAGAGAGAAAAGGAGAAGGAUACGAGGCAGGAAAAUGGUCCUUUGUAG